AUGAAGUUCCGACAGACCCGAGUUUGUCACAACUGCCGGAGGCAUAAACUUGGUUGUGACGGCAAACGUCCGGGCUGCACUCAAUGCGUCCACACAGGACGCCAAUGUGAAGGAUACCCCGGCCUUCUCUUCGUACAAUCCUCUUUGACUGCUCAGAGUCACUCUUCUUCAAAACCUCGACAAAAAGGCCGGGCAAGAGUUAGGCGGGAGCCACAAGACCAUAAGCCGGCUAUCACUCAGGGUACAUCGCCCAUAGCAUCAUCUCCGCCGCAGUUCUCGGGCUCGAUCAAGGCCCAGUCUCCUCCAUGUCCCGCUUCAUACGAUGACUGUUUUCGACCUCAAAAUUGCGGCGAGCUCUAUCUGUUAUGUCGGCCCCUGCCUGACACAUUACAAGACACUAUAUCACUGGUUGUUCGAAGCUAUGUCCCCAUGAUUGAACUGCCCUCCGGCCUUCGAUCAAUAAUUUCCCAGUCGACGCUGGUUUGCGGUGCUUGGGUCGAAGCCCUUCCAGAUUUAACUCGUGGAAGUGGAAGCCAUAUUGACGAGUGUCUAGAAUAUGCCAUAAAAUCCCUAGCACUAUCUAUAACCGCCAAUAGAACGAGCAAACCUCUUCUCACACCCCUAUCUAAGCACUACGGCAAAAGCCUCGGCCUGCUUCGCCGAGCUCUCAAUUUGCCAAGUGAUUCCCACCAGAACGAAAAAAUAGCGACGAUGAUGUGUCUCGCAUUGUCCGAGGCUCUGUCCCCGGUGGCCCCAAACAGCUGGUUCAUACAUCUACGUGCCAUCAGUGAGGUAAUGCAAUCAUGCAAGCCUGAGGCCUUCAGUGUUGGUAUACCACACAAACUGUUUACCGGCAUUAGGCCACUACUGAUUCUAGAAGCCAUGGCGAGUGAGAAAGCUACCUUUCUGGCUUCAGACGAAUGGAAAACGAUGCCGUUUCAACACAACGGACCUUCCUCGAUGCAAGGUUUUCUCAGCCAGGCAGCCAUUAUCCCUGAAAUAAUGCAAAAGGCAGAUCGCUUAAACAUUGGAACACUUGAAAAGGACGGAAUACAAAGACUUAUCGAGCUAUCAGACAUGGCUACACAGCUUGAGGCGUCAGCCAUCACAUUUGAGAUUGAGCCCAACGCUCCAGCGUAUUGGCCUUCCUCACAAAGAUCCAAGGCUGCUGGAAAUGGCUACCCACACCUUCGUUUUUCAGAUCUCAACGCUGCCAACGCUUUCACCCAUCUAUGGGCGUUCGAGAUCGUCUGCCUUUCUAAGAUAAAUGAUUUGCAAACUGCAUUUCCACGCUUAGGCGAUAUAGGACAUUCCUUCUAUGAUGAUGAUAUCUUGAGAGAACCAAAUAUGCGUCGCCAACGGUGUGUCGAUCUUGCCAUCAGCAUAUGCCAAAGCAUGAAGUAUAUGACGAGAAACGAAUGGAUGAUGUACGGGCCAUCGUGUGCGGCUUUUCCAGUCCGUAUGGCCUUCGAUGUGCUUGAAAUGGAUGAUAAGGGGAGAGAGAUUCUAUACAAUUUGAGUCAAUCGGCCUUGAAAGACAUAGAUCACCGUUUUCUCCCUUUAAUAGGCACUCGAGUCAAAUAG